UGGGGGUAAAUCGGAUAAUUUCAAACGGGUCGAGGUAAAUUGGAUAUUUUGCAAUAAUGAUAGGAAGUUAUUAUUGUCGGUGGUAUCUUAUCGGGUCGGGAUUCGGAUCCGUGCUAAUUUGAACCGAUGCGACUAUAUCUUAUCGGGUCCGAACCCUGAUCUAACCCAAUUCCUAAAAUUCAAAACCUCAGGGAGUUACCCUGUUCUCCCGCUUCACCUCUCUCUCAUCCUUGCCCUCUCCCUUUGUUUCUCCCUCCCCGUCCCCGAUCUAGGGUUAGCGUUCCUUCUUGUCCUUGCGCCAUGGACGAGCCCAUCCUCCAAUUGCUCGUCGAGAAGGGCCGCAGGAAGGGCGAGUCCGUGGAGUGCAAGCCCGGCGCCGCGCUUCGUCUCGGCCGAGUCGUCAGGGGCAACACCUUCGCCCUCCGCGACCCCGGAGUCUCCCAGAAGCACCUCUCCUUCGAGUUCCUUCGAGAGGCCUCGCGAUGGGUUGUCACCGACCUCGACACCUCCAAUGGCACCGUCCUCAACGGCUCCCAGAUAGCCCCCUCCGUCCCCGUCCCCCUCUCCGACGGCGACGCCAUCAAGAUCGGAGAGACGACGUACAUCUCAGUCAAGAUCGCCGGAGGUAGGCCCCGGACGGCGGCGGAGGACGAGGCGGCAGUGGGUCGCCGUGGCCGGAGGAGAGCGGGAGCUCCUCCUCUUCCUCCGGUCAGAUCUGAGGUUGAGAUGCCCUUGGAUUCGGCCGUGGAGGAAGUGUCCGAGGCGUCGGUGGCGAAUGGCAGGGGGAAGGGGAGGGGGAGAGGGAGACUGAGGAAAGCCGCAGCUGCUUCUGCUGGGGUUUCAAUUAAGGAUGAGAUCGUGGAUGCUGUGGCAGUGGAGGAGAGUGUUCCAGAAGUGAAGGAGCGGACGAGGGGAAGAAGGCCUGCAACGAGAGGUAGUUCUAUUAGGGCUUCAAAGGAGGCGGAGAAGGAGGAGCGUCAGGUUUCGGUUACUGUUCCUGAUCUGGCUGAUCAAGAGGCAAAAGAGGAGAAGCAAAGGUUGGGAACAAGAAGGCCUAAUACUAGAGCUACUUCUGCUAGGUUUUCGAAGGAAGUCGAGAAGGAGACUGAGAGUUCCAUCCUUCCGCCUAAUUCGGAGGUUGCAGAGGCAUGUGAGGAUGGGAACUUGCUAAUGGAAGGUAAUGAUGAUAGUGAAGAACAGAAUGAUGGGGAAAGGCAAAGGGAAAGGGAAGGGGAAGAUAAGAGUUUGGACGAGGGAGGAGAUAAUAUGGAUAAUAUGACAUUAGGGGAAUGGUUUGAGAGGAUGGAGAAGUUCUUGCCGCAGGUUAUAAAUGAUAUAUCUGAGGAGAUUAUAUCAAUAUUGAAGGAGAAAGCCGAGAGAUUUGAUGUGUUCAUAGCUACAAAUGCUAAUGCUGGCUAACUCAUGCUGUAUGUUCAACAUUCUCUACAAGGACCUCAGUUCACAAAUACAGGAUUAGGACUCGACCUUCUGCAUUGCUGGAGUCUCCGUGCUAUAUUACAUAUCAAGGCAUCUGCACAAUCACAUUUUUUUUGGUUCCUUGAGGCAUAAAGUAUGGCAUGACAUAUUGGAAUCAAUUAGCUUGUUUUAUUCUCACUUUGUAAUGUCCUCUGGCCCUUUGACAGCUGUGAAUCCCCAAAGGCCGAAGAAGUAUGAACAGAAUGUCUCUGUGGUGUCUACCACUCAAAAGGCAUCUGUUGAAUUUUCUAUUUAAGGGAAUCUGCUAGAGGGCCUUCUUGCUGAUUUUAAGCUCCAUGUUUUCAAAGCAUAUAUGUUGUGGAUCAUAUUUAGGAAGAUAUAUCAGUCGGCAUCUUUAAAGGAGGAAGAAGGGGAAGCGAGCAUCGAGCGAAGUGAGCGGGGGAGCGGGAGCGAUCGACACCCUCCCGAAGCCCUAAGGUCUAGGGUUUCGGUUAGGGCUGUUAGGGUUAGCGUCUUGGGGGACGGCGAUGGCGCAG